AUGUCGAGUGACGUUGGCCGACCGACGCUAAGCCAAACUCCCAGUAAUGGGGAGCCCAAAUGCACCCUUCCUUUGGAGAAGGUGUUCUCCAUUCAGAUAGGAACUGAGCUCUUUCGUCUCUCGGGAGCUUCAAUUGCUUCCGAUGCUCCGUCAUACUUUUCCCGCUUCUUCGAGGAGCAGCUUCGCCUGAACGGAGAUAUCUCCAACGUCAGGACCCUGUAUAUCGAUCGGGAUCCCACCACAUUCAAGGAGAUUGCCAGGCAUCUGCAAGGCUACCAUAUACAGCCUAAAGAUGGGCCGCAGUUCGUCAAGUUUUUCGCGGAUGCCCAAUUCUAUAGCCUUCCUCGUUUGAUCUCCCAACUCUUCGAGUCGGAGAUCUUCGUCCGAAUUGGCGGUCACAACUUCCAGAUUCCUCGCGAUAUCUUCUCUAGCCCAGGGGAUUCGCCGAAUUUCUUCACAUUGGGAUUUGCCGCCUUCUUCGCCUCGCCACUGGAAGUAUUUCCCGGGCUGGACCGUCAGGGUCUCCUGCGACCUCCAGCAAUCACCCCACCCAGCGUCCCCAGCCGCUCGGGCGAGGUCUUUGCACAGCUCCUCCAUCUCCUUCGCGGGUACCCUCUGGAUAUUCGAAACGAAGCGCAUCGUGCAGAGCUCCUGCGGGACUGCCGCUACUUUCAUCUGCGCGGUCUAGAGCAACAGCUCAUACCGCACCAUAUCAGCUUCAAUCCCAUCCGCAAACGGGAUGAGAUUGUCAUUCGACUCGAGGACGUCCGUCGGUCAGGCAUCGACGUAGAAGACAUCGCUCUUCCUCCCGGUCACACUCAGGCCGACACCAUGUCGGCAGCCCUGGUUACUUACUCUCGCCCGUUUGUCGAUGAUAAGAAGUACGAUCUCAUCCUCGAGAUAGGGGACGAAAGCACCAUCCUCGACAUCACCAGCAGACGUCCCACCUUUCUGGGCACCACGAAAGCCCGCGUGAGCAGCCUUCUGCAGGUGAUAGCGGGGAAGAAGGGCGACCAGAACCGCCCAGCGGGCCAAAAAGAGAGUGCGCCGGAAGACCGUCUAUGGGCCUCUCUCUCAAUGGAUACCGACGUGACCGUCGACGGAGAAAGGGAGUACUUCCCUGACAUUCUCCGGGACAGCAUGUCCGGCUCGGAGAGUCUGUCAGAGGAGCCGUCGAGGAAGCGCAAGCGCGUUGAAGAGGCGUCCAUUAAUCGUCCGUGGAUUGUCCGCAACGGACAGUGGCGGCUGUGCAUGCAACCGAGAGCCAAGGGAGAUGGGAUGGAUAUUGUCAUGAUUGCGGUGAAGUUGGAGGUGUAUACGUUGCAGCGGACGCGGAAUAAGCAGAGGAAGUUCCUCUCCUCCUGA